AUGAUCUCUGCCUCUACCUUGGCAGCCCUUUUGGCCUUGGGCCAUGGCGUCCUCGGACAGCAGGCUGGCACCUCGACUGCUGAGACUCAUCCUCCCAUGAGCUACCAGAAGUGCACCACCGGAGGUCAAUGCACCACAGUCAACACCAACAUUGUGCUUGAUGCCAACUGGCGUUGGUUGCACUCGACCAGUGGAUACACCAACUGCUACACUGGAAACACCUUCGACCAGACACUCUGCCCCAACAACCAGGCAUGUGCUGCCAACUGCGCUCUUGAUGGAGCAGACUACACUGGUACCUAUGGUAUCCAGGCCAGCGGUAAUUCAGUCAGCUUGAAGCUCAAGCAGGGCAACAACAUCGGAUCUCGUGUCUACCUGAUCAACGGUGACAAAUACGAGUUGUUCAAGCUGAAGAACCAAGAAUUCACUUUCGAUGUCGAUGUAUCAGGUCUUGGAUGUGGUAUCAACGGUGCCUUGUACUUUGUCAAGAUGGACGCCGAUGGUGGACUCGCCAAAUAUCCCACCAACAAGGCUGGUGCAAAGCUCGGUACAGGUUACUGUGAUGCUCAGUGCCCUAGAGAUCUCAAAUUCAUUGCCGGAAAGGCAAACGUUGAGGGAUGGAAACCGUCCAAUGGAGACGCCAACUCUGGAGAAGGAAACACUGGCUCCUGCUGUGCCGAGAUGGAUAUCUGGGAGGCCAACUCCAUCUCCACUGCUCUGACCCCUCAUGCUUGCUCUACCAACGGCCCUUGCACUGGAAACACCACUUGCGGCUCCGGAGACUCUCGCUACGACGGCUACUGCGACAAGGACGGUUGUGAUCUGAACCCCUACAGAUUCGGAGUACAGAACUUCUUCGGGCCUGGCAAGACUGUGAACUCCAACCAGAAGAUGACCGUUGUUACCCAGUUCAUCACAAGCGACAACACUGCCACUGGUACCCUCUCCGCUAUCCGCCGCAUCUACGUCCAGAAUGGUAAGGUCAUCCAACAAGCCGACACCAACAUUCCUGGAAUCACAAAGACCAAUCAGAUCACCGACAAGUUCUGCAAGGAGCAGAAAGCUGUCACUGGCGACCCCGACGAGUUCUCGGAGAAGGGCGGUCUUGCUGGCUUCGGCAAGGAUCUUGAUGCCGGCAUGGCUCUUGUCUUCAGUGUCUGGGAUGACCACACUGCCAACAUGCUCUGGCUCGACUCCACCUACCCCGUUGGCUCCAACAAGGUCGGCGCUGCCCGCGGUACUUGCGCCACCACUUCUGGAAAGCCCAGCGACGUCGAGUCUCAGCAAGCCAACGCCGCUGUCACCUUUAGCAACGUUAAGUUCGGUGCUAUUGGCUCCACCUACAAGUCCACUUGA